AACCUCUAAAUAAGAUGAGGAACCUGAACAUGAGCAGAAUAACACCUCUUUAAUACUUUGCCACAGUUUACAGGUAAGUGUAUCCUGUUAGUUCUCAAAUGAGGAUGUGGACGACCUGGAGUUUAAGGUAGCAGCAGUAGUUUUUUAGGGAGAGUGUGUAACAGUUAGAUCAAUGAGGCUCCCCAGUAAAUGAACGUUUGUUGCUUACAGCUGGAGGAUUGUUUCUUCUGACUUCAUGAAAUACCUGUAGCAUUACACAGUGAUGUGUGUCCUGUACUGUGAGUCAAAGUAAAAUCCAAUAUUAUGUUAUUGAUAUACUGUAUGUGUAGUACUUUUCCUGGAAGUUAGUGUGACUGAGUGUUUAUGAAUUAAAUAGCCGGAAUGACUGUUGUGGAAAGUAGAACUAACAAUGUACAUUUACUCAAGUACAAUACAUUUUGAGGUACUUGUGAGCCGACUUAAGUGUUUCAAUUUAUGCAACUUUAUAAUCUUACUCCACUACAUGUCAGAGAGAAAUAUAAAAUAAUAAACUUGAUAGCAUCAUGUGUACUUUAACUUUGAUGUUUCAGGUACAUUUUGUUGAUGGUACUUUUACUUAAGUACAGUUUUUAAUGUAGGACUUUUAUUUGUAACAGAGUAAAUGUGUACUCUUGAUACUUUUACUUUUAAGAAUCUGAGUACUAGUUCCACCACAGCAAAUCAAAGUACUUGAUCACAUUGAUAAAUAAUAUUAAAUCCAAUAUUGCUAUUUAUCAGAAACGCCCAUUGAUUUGCAGCUUUGGCAACAAGGUCCAGAACAAGCAAAUAUAUUAAAAGUACAAAAUAGCUUUGUAUAAAUCUCUGGCAGUCAACACAUUUACGUUGACUCAGGAUAUAUGAUCUCAUAUUGCUCAUUAAGAGCCAUAGUUUAUGUUUUCUUAUUUAUUUGCAUUUGCCUUUAUUGAUUAUAUUUGAUCUUUAAAGUCAUGCUAACUUCAGUGCAGUUUACUGAUGUGUGCUGUGUUGCUUUGCAGGUCACUGGUGGUGCUGAACGUGAGAGAUGGAGCUGAAGGUGUGGGUGGAUGGUGUGGUCAGAGUGGUGUGUGGCCUGACGCUGGACACUUCCUGCCAGGAUGUUGUCAUAGCUCUUGCACAAGCAAUAGGGCAGACUGGUCGGUACAUUCUUAUCUUGAAGUUACGAGGGGGUGAGAGACAGCUAGUUGCUGAUGACUGUCCUCUUCAGCGUCUGGCUCAGCUGGGACAGCUGGCUACAGAGGUCCAGUUCAUUCUGCGGCGAACCGGUCCCAGCCUCAGUGAUGCUUCAGACACACCCACCACAGAGAGACCAGAAGCAGAGCCUCUCAAACGCAAAGAGUCACACAAGACCGUCACCUUUAGUCAGCGUUCCUCAAAACACUCCAAGAGGACUAAACCAAACAGGACCUCAUCUCCUCGAGCCUCCCCAGAACCGCGAGCUUCCCCGGUGUCUUUCCUAGACCCUGUCAACCCUGUUGUUCCCUCCAAAGAGGAGGUGUUUAGGCAGAUUCUGCAGCAGCAGAUGAGACUAGAAGACCUGGAGAUUCAGCUUCAAGCCCUGGAGAGAGAAACAGGGCUGUGGGAGCAGGAGAACUCGUCUGCUAUAGUCCCUGUUCUCUGGUCCCUGCAGGGGGAACUGGAGGAACUGGAGCAGCAACAGAGGCAGAACGAGGCUGAACUGAUGCAACAAGAGCGCUGGGAGGAAGAAUUACAGGCAGAGGUGGACAGAGAACAAGAUCUGCACAGACGUCUCAACCAGAUCCACUCAUCAAUGGAUGAUCACAGUUAUCAGAUGAAGGAGCUCCAAGCCUAUUCUGCACAUCUAGAAGAGGACCUACAGCUUAGAGCACACAGACAAAGCUCUCGACAGCCAGAGGAGCCCCUGAAGCCCCUGAAGCCCCUGAAGCCCCUGAAGCAGGAGCUCCACCACUGCCUGCAGCAGGCAGAGGAACUGGAUGCAACAUUGUUAGAGACACAGUGGAAGCUACAAGCUGCAGAGGAAAGUCUACAGGACAGAUGGGAGAUGACUGAGGAGCUGAAGAAGGAGCUGAGGCAGUGUAAUCUGCAGCAGUUUAUCCAGCAGACCAGCAGUCCACAUGCAGACCAGCCCAACGUCCUGCCCGUCACCGAUGCUUACCUCAGCAGCGCUGGUAUAAUGGAGUAGGACCGGCUAAGACGACAUCUGGAAGUAAAACAUGUUCUCUGAA